CCCACUUAGAAAAAGAAAUUGAAGAACUGGAAGGAAUGACAGGCAUGUAUUUACCUUUGCGGUAGGGUAUGAGGUAAACUUUUUGAAAAUAAAAAGUUCGUUAUUUAAUUUGUGUAAUCAUCGGCAUUUUGAUUAUUUUAGGACACUCAACACGACAUCUAGUUAUAAGAUAUACCAUACCCUUCAUGGCUUUGAUUGCUGCUGAUCGCAACUGCAGAGUGAACUGCUCUAUAGCUAUUUGCAAUAAACCUGAAGCUGGAAGAGAGACUAUUCAAAGUGCGCGCAACCACAGGGACAGGAAAAUGAAGCCAACUGAAGCGGAGUUUUCCACCGACGGCCUGCCCAAGGCAUUCCUGCACAGUCUGCGGACGCUGUUUGAUAUCCUGGAUGAUGGGAAGAAGGGAUAUGUGCAUAUAUCCGAGAUCGAGAGCCGGUGGCAGGGAGCCGACACGCAGGAUUUGCCGGGAGGGGUGCUGGAGUGCCUGCGGCGGGUCGCCCCACCGCACGGUUACUUGACGUUUGAGCGCUUCGUGGCAGGACUUCGGUACUCGAUGCUCAACCCCGACAACGGACACUUAAAGCCCCGGUCCGGGGUUCCCCAGCGGCAGCCACACUUGCAUUCCACCGGCCAGAAGCAAGGUCCUCCGCAACCACGGCAAGCGCCUGGGGUGAAAUCACAGGGCUGCGCCCCCGGUGCCCGUACUGUGGAGAAUAACGUGCGCCCACUGGGACCCAGCAAUGCGGUAAAUACGCAGCAGAACCGGGCCAGACAUGAGGACUCAAACCCUGCCUGCCAAGGGGAGUGGGGACCCACUACGGCCCCAAGCGUCACCGCACGGUACAGCAACGCCGGGUACGACAGGACGGGUAGAAGUUUGGAGCGGAUCCCGGUUGCACCCGAAAGCGGUCCGCAUGCAGCCGAUUCGGUCAGAAAUGGGAAACAGCCGCAGCAAGGUCCAAGCCGGAGCAAGGUCCGAUCGAUAGAGUCACUGGCACUGGAGUCGCCACAGAUCCACAAAGGAAGUGGCGAUGAGGGCAGAGGGUUGCCCCGGUCGCAGAGUGAGACCACCGCGGGAUUGGCUGGAGCCAGGCGGCAUGGGCGGAGCAGAGGGGAGCAGAGGCGCCACACCAUCAGCAACGGGGUAGACUAUGGAACGCUGAAGCAGAUGAAGGAACUGGAGCAGGAAAAGGACUCCUUGCUUGCUGGGCUGGACGUCAUAGAACGGGCCCGGGAGUGGUACCAGAACCAGAUCCAGAAUGUGGCAGAGAAGCAGAGGCAAAUGGGCCAGACCAACCCCAGCACGGAUCUCUUCCCGGAGUCCGGUCAGGGCCGUCUGAACCUCCUGCUUCCUAAGCUGCAGGACGUCAACCGCUGCCUGAGUGAUCUCAUCUCCUGCUCCGGAAUGCCCAUCACAUCUCAUGGUGCUCCCCCACCGGCCAUCCCCUUGAACCCACAGCCACCUCCCCCAACUGCACCAAAUGCCAUUCAGAGAUUGAAGGACCAGAACCGGCUCCUCACCCAGGAAGUGACUGAAAAGAGCGAGCGGAUUACCCAGCUAGAACAGGAGAAAUCUGCUCUUAUCAAGCAGCUUUUUGAGGCACGAGCUCGUAGUGCCCAUGACAACAGCACUUUGGACUCCACAUUCAUCUGAGUCCACCCAAAGGGGCGGGGACAACCAUAGGCUCCGCCUUGCCCUGGCCACUCCUGUGACUGGAACCCCCCCUAAGCUCCGCCUCAUCAGGCCACUCCCAUGACCAUGCCUACCUAGGCUCCGCCUUCAUCUGGCCACUCCCAUGACCAUGCCUACGUAGGCUCCGCCUUCAUCUGGCCACUCCCAUGACCCAAGCUUCACCUUCACCUGACCCUUUGCGAGACACUGGCACGAUGCUUGCCCCUCUUCUCCCUCUACUUUUUGUACUAUGGAGUUCUUCCAGGGAUGAACCCUACUUCCAUCACUUGAAAAAAGCUUCUUAAUAAGAGGCUUAUAUUGGAAAUACAUCAGUCACUUUCCAAGUUGGAGUGAAUCCCAUUAAACUCUUUUAUUACCUUUUUAAUGAGAAACUAUUUUCACCCUUGGUUUGUUUUAAGCUAUCCCCCUUAAUGGAGUGAUUUAAUUCUUCAUGAAUUUAAUUAACCUAAUAGUGGCUAUACACUUCCUUAUGGAUGGUUGGUAUUCAAAGCCGACAGGGAAUAUUUCGGCAGUGCUGGUGGCUUUUGCCAAACCAAGAAGACGACAACCACUCAUCCUUCGGACCUUACCAUUAAUAUGGAUGGAUUGGCUCAGUGCUACAUUUUUGAUUAAAUAUCAACACCCCCCACCCCCCCCCAAAAAUCCCUUCAGUGAGUGUGAAUGACCUGAGAAAGAGCAAAUAUUCCCCAACGGGGGAACGUGUGGGCGGGACGAGAAAGGAACUUGCAUGCUGAAGAGGUUUGCGGCCUUGAGCUGUGACCUUCAUCCGAUUGCACCCCCCACGGCAAAUGGAAACGGAAGUGACUGGAAGGUGGUGCAGUUGGCAUCGCGGAAGUGUUUGUGUUUGAUGGAACAGGACCGAUGUUUUGCGACCCCCCCCUCUCUCAAGUUGGUGCGAGUGUGAUGCUGGGGAAGAGGUAGGUCACUGUAGGUCGAACAAGCUUGAGUUGGAUCUGCAUGUUGUGAUCAGCUCUAAAUUGGAUUAAGUAAUAGGGAAUCGCAGUACAUUCUCCAUUCUACCCCUCCAUAACCAGUAACUCCCAAUCUUGGUGGCGUACAGAUUUCUUCCAGGGACUGUGUCAUCCCUGAAUGGGACGUCUGUUUACACUACAUACUGCAUUGUGCUGAUAUUUCAGGCCACACAGACAUGCUGCUGUCCCCCGUAGUCUGUAAUCUGCAGAUAAUGGUUUUAAGGAAACUGACUGUUCAGUGUUGGUGUUCUGAGGGACUGUGUUUUGGAGCUUAUUUGUAUGCUGUUGCUUUUGAGGGGGGAUGAACCAAAAAACUGCAAUGGGGGUGCUCUCCUUUUUGAAAAUGUGGUCCAAAGAAUGUAGGAAGCCAAUGGAAAUGUCCAUUUCUCGCAAAUGCAGAUGGCAUUUCUGCAUAUGCAGUACGUACUGUUUACAUAUUAAUUAGUCUUGUUUGACUGAUGGAUGCUGUGUCUUGUCAGAGAAGGCUAUGACCCUUACCAUCAAACAGAUGUUUACACAUCCUGCAUUUUUAGAUUAGAAAACAUUCUAUCUUUCAUGUGUUACGGCAAAGCUCAUUUAAAAUGACUAAAAGUGGAUUUAAAUAUAUAUAUAUAUUAUUUUAAAAUGAUAUAUUGACUUUACCCAUGACUUUACCCAUAAGAUAAAUAUCUUUAGUAGGUUCCGUAUACAUUGUAAAUUAGUGUCACCAAUAACGUAGUUUUUUCAUGAGCCCAUUUAUGUACACGUGAGUUUAAGAAUGAGUUCAAAUUAGAUCUAAAAAAGGAGAAAAAUCCUUAUUUACAGUUAUAUAACUAUUUAGUCUGGAUAAACAUAAAGGCACGCAACAAAUAUCAAGGAGUUAGAAAGCUGCCAACAACAACAUAGACCCCCGAGUACAGCUUCUAACCUUUUUUUUAUUACUAAUUGAUCUUUUUGACAUGUUUUAGCAGUAUUGCAAAAUUGAAACCACUGUCCUAUACUUGACAGGACUGUCAACUCCUGCUUGACCGCAAGGUUACUGAACCCAUACAUGCACCACCGAUAACCUAAGCGAAUUGUAUUCUCCUUAUCAGGCGUGUUGUGUUAGCCGAUUGCUGUGGGAAGGUGCAGGAGUGAUACUUGAGAAAGAUUCUGAAUGUAUUAAAAUGUUUUUUCUUUAUCCUACCUGCGCUUUGCAUUGUGUUUUUAAAUUAUAACUCAUAUUUGAACUUGUACGAGUAUAGAGAAAUGGUGAGAGAUCCUGGUCACUUUUUGAACAGAGCUGUAUGCAUUUGUAUGUCAGAGCAGACUGUUCAUGUUUUAUGGUUCCAUCCAUCCAUCCUAUUCCAGGAGAAUUCACUCCAUUCACAGGCGUUUUCUUCUGUCAUUCUGUUUAAGUCUUCGUUUACCUGCUGUCGCUUGUAAAUAACAAUAAAGCAUGAAGUACGUAGCACUUAAA